UCGAAGAGAAUCUGCAAGACGUAAACAUCCACUUGCAAGAGAAAGUGAUAUCAUAGAAACAUUACACAUGCGUUUAACACUAUUGCAGAUGGCUUUUGGAAAACAUAUAGAAAGAAGACAUUGCUGUUUCUUUGCUGGUGAAACUGAAUAAGAUAAAAAGAAAAAAGCAAGAUCUUUUGGUAUUUUCAUCUCUGACAGAAAAAAAACUAUUAAUGUACACACUAAUAUUAUGUUUUAGAUGUCAAAAGUGGCAAAGCCAAAGAAAAGGAUGUGACAAAAGAGAGAACACAGUGAACACUAGUUAUUCCAUAUUACAGACUUUAAUUUACAAAAUACUUGAUGAAGUAUAUAGAAUUUUAAGAUAUGUUAAAACCACUCCUUGCUUAAGUCGUGCAUAUAAAGUGACUGAUGAACUUUUUGAUCUUUCUACAAUGGCUAUGGAAUAUUUUAAAGAACACAUUGAAAAUACUCUUCCAGAAAUAACUUAUUUUGCAACUGAUUUCAUUGAUUAUACACCAUCAUUGUCAUCAUCACCAAAAACACAGUUAUCUCUCUUGGAUGAUCCAGCAACUAGUACAGCUUGUAGCCCCACUAAACCAGUUACUGGAUUGGAUUCAUUGCCCCCACCGUCUCCUGUCAGCCCAGCUGUAAAUAAACGAUUAAAGAGGUUGCGAGAAAAUAUGAAAAGAAAUAAUGGACAAGUUUUGGCAGUCAAACAAGAGUUGAAAUUAACGAAACGAAGAGUGACUAGUCAACAGAAACAGAUAAAGGAAUUAAAAGCCCGAUUUGAAGAUUAUGACAAAAAAUUUCAAAACACUUCACGUAAACUUAGUGCUGUCCUGCAAGACCUCAGUCGUUGUAAAACGGAACUUCAGUAUUGGCGCUCCAAGUCGCCUGCCAGCCUGUGUUCCUGUGGAAAGAUCACUCCCAUUUUGGAAUUGAAAGAUGGCAAAAACCCAGCAAUUUUAGAAGGAGACGAAAAUAUUGGAGACGGGAUUAUUGACAUUAUAGAUGAGUUCAAGCCGAUUAAUGCCCAGUUGGAAAACGUCUCUUCCGAUAAUGGUCCAUUUGUGGUCGUUCCCGCUCGUCACAGUACGCCACUGGAAUGUCUCCACAUCAAUCCAAUCUUGACACCAUUGUCACCAAGCAAAUCUCUACUCUUCGAGAAUUUUCCGACAGACGACGAAAUAUCUGCAGGGGAAGAAAGCUCAACAGAAAAACGUCGCCAUAAAACUUGUAAGCGUAAAUUAGAAAUGGAUAAUUCUAGCAAUGAAGGAAUUUCAAAACACAAAAUUCAAAAUGUUUCUAUAUUAGAUGAUGAUGAAUGUUAGCAAACUAAUUAAAAUCUUCAGAUUAUAUAAUUCAUACACAAAACAAGUGUUAAAUUUUAUGUUGAUACAUUUUUUUAUUAAUAAUCAUCACAUUUACUCUGUGGAAUACUGAAGGUGUGAUAAAUUUUCUUUCUUUCCAUGAUGAUCAUAUAAAAAAUUUUUCUAAAGUUACAUUUUGGAAUCACUCUUAUAAACUGGAUGAUGGAUUAAGAUUCUGUAAAUACUAAAUGCACAAAAAAAAAUCUGAAUAUUUCUGCAUAGUGAGAAUAUUCUCAUGAAUUCAUGUUAAUUUAAUUUCGGGACCAAAAAAGUGUGUUUUAAGAAAACACAAAAACUGACAUUAUUAUAAUAUGAAUUGGUAAAUUAAGUUUUUCUGCCUCUGUUACCAUUAGUAUUUAUGGUGGCAACAUAUUUAUUCAUUAUAUAAGAUAUAAUUAUGUGUGUAUAAUAUGCUUCACAAUUAUGUUAUAAUCAAAUUGUUUUAAUAAUCUAAACGCAAGGCAUUUCGGAAUAAUUCGGUGAAAUUUAAAUUUCUUUGGGACUUCGCCGAUUCAGUACCUGAAACUAAACGAAUUUCUGCCAAUUGAGCACGAGAAAGCAAAUCGAGUACAAACCAGUCUGUUGCAAUAGUUCGAAAACCGAUCUCGUAUUCUAUUUCCUACGAUUGAAUCAAACUGGCAAAAAUACGAGGCAGUGCCAUCAGCGCUCAAUUUAUUACUGGUUGUAGAAAGUUUGCCACGUUAAAUAUUUAAAAUUUUGUCUUCCUGUAAUUAGAUCACAAUAUAAAUAGUCUCGUGAAAAUAAUUUUAUCACAUUGUUCCGAGUUUGUGAUGUAAACAUAAAAUUGCAUAGGUUAUUUAUUUAUUCCUUUUCUGUAGUUAUUUUAUGUUAAUAAAACUGUUUUAUCAAAA